GUACGUUCCUGUAACCAAGUUCAUCAUUCAUUUCACCUCAUCUGUUCUCAAUAAAGUAAAUCUUUUCUCCUGCAAAAUCAGCUCUGAAUCGAGAAUGGUGAUGGAAGGCAGCUUAGCAGACAUGCUAAUGAAAGUAGCCAUGUUUGCUCUAGUCCAGGCUUUGGUAUAUCUCAUCCUUUCCAAAUCAUCCACCAUCUUCUCCAAAGACGAGAAGAACAGAUCCCUUAGUUUUAGACGACUUCGCUCCGCAAGCAUUAAUCGUAUAAUUGCUUCUCUUGGAGACAUGCCUUCUGGUGGCGAGUCCUCUCCUUCUUCAAGGAGCCCUCUGUCUCCAAUCCCAGAAGAGUCAUAGGAGGCAUGAUCACGGAUCAUACGCCAUUUUAUAGAUAUCUUCUUGGUUUGCUGGUUUUAGUUUUCUCAGAUUGAUGGCACAGCACAGUGUUGCUGUUGAGAGCUUAAUUUUAUUGUUAAGAUUGAUUGUACUAUAUAUAUGUGCAUAUGGAUUGAAGGGAUUUUUUUAUCUUUAUUAAUAAACCCAGUUAUUGUAGUUUUGUGAACAUGCAGUCUGUAAAUUGAUAUAGCUGAAGUUUUGUCCAGCAA